AUGUACAAGUACGCCGUUCUCGUAGCCAGCCUUUUGGUCGCGGUCAACGCGGGGCUCCUCACCAACGGUCCGGCUCUCGCCACGUACGCCGCGUCACCCGUGGCCUACGCCCCGGUGCUCAAGGCUGCCCCAGCUCUGGCCUACACCAGCUACGCCCCGGCCGCCCCUGUGCUCAAGGCCGCCCCAGCUCUGGCCUACACCAGCUACGCCCCGGCCACCCCUGUGCUCAAGGCUGCCCCAGCUCUGGCCUACACCAGCUACGCCCCGGCCGCCCCGGUGCUUAAGGCUGCCCCAGCUCUGGCCUACACCAGCUACGCCGCGCCCGUCCACCACGUCAAGGCUUACGGUGUCCAUCCUGCCCCUCUCGCCUACGCUGCUGCCCCCGUCGUCAAGGCUUGGUAA